GAAAAGAUGACACAAAUCAUGUUCGAGACUUUCAACGUCCCAGCCAUGUACGUUGGAAUUCAAGCUGUCCUUUCAUUGUAUGCCUCUGGUAGAACAACUGGUAUUGUCAUGGAUUCUGGUGAUGGUGUUUCUCACUGCGUCCCAAUCUAUGAAGGUUUCUCACUCCCACACGCCAUCCUCAGAAUUGAUCUUGCUGGUCGUGAUCUUACUGACUACCUCAUGAAGAUCUUGACUGAAAGAGGUUAUGCUUUCACCACAACUGCUGAAAGAGAAAUUGUCAGAGACAUCAAGGAGAAGCUCUGCUAUGUUGCUCUUGACUUCAACGAAGAGAUGCAAAAGGCUGCUUCAUCAUCAGAACUCGAGAAAUCAUACGAACUUCCAGAUGGUCAAGUCAUCACCAUUGGAAACGAGAGAUUCAGAUGCCCAGAAGCACUCUUCCAGCCAUCAUUCCUUGGUAUGGAAGCAUCAGGUAUCCAUGAGACAACUUACAACUCAAUCAUGAAGUGCGAUGUCGAUAUCAGAAAGGACUUGUACGGAAACAUCGUCUUGUCUGGUGGAACAUCAAUGUACCCAGGCAUCAACGACAGACUUGAGAAGGAGAUGGUUGCUCUUGCGCCACCAACAAUGAAGAUCAAGGUCAUUGCACCACCAGAGAGAAAGUACUCUGUCUGGAUUGGAGGCUCAAUUCUUGCCUCAUUGUCCACUUUCCAAAACAUGUGGAUCACCAAGGAAGAGUACGACGAGUCUGGCCCAGCCAUCGUCCACAGAAAGUGCUUCUAA